CGGACGGGCGCCUGCGAGGGCCUCGCCGAGGGGACGCGGGCGGGAGGGCGAGCGCAGGGCCGUCCAGGUUCGUCGCCGGGCUCGGCGUCGACCAGGCCCCGCCCCCGGAGCCGAGCGGGUGCGCGCAGGGCAGUAGUGCGGUCUCUGCGGCGAGCGAGGGUUGCUGGCGUGAACACGGAGAGCUCUCUCCUUUCUUUGCCGAAUUAUUAAUCCAUCGAGAUGAACCCCGGAGGGCACGGCUUUCUCGCCUAACACCCGAAGCCUUUCAGCUGGCCUGUGGACCCUGCCAUGGCAGCGACAGGGUCUGAGGUGGUGCUGCAGAAUGUGCGGGCGAACAUCCUGUCACUUGCCUAGAGAUGUUCUCACAAGGGCCUGUGCCUACCACGAUCGUCAGGGCAGGCGGCGGCUCCCCGAGUGGAGGGACCCCGAUAAAUACUGCCCCUCGUACAACAAGAGCCCCCAGUCGAGCAGCCCAGUGCUUCUCUCCCGGCUGCACUUUGAGAAGGGUGCAGACUCAUCAGAGCAGAUAAUUAUUCCCAUGCGAUGGGGCCUGGUUCCAUCUUGGUUCAAAGAAAGUGAUCCUUCCAAGCUGCAGUUCAACACUACCAACUGUCGUAGUGAUACCAUCCUGGAAAAGCAGUCAUUCAAGGUUCCUCUGGGAAAAGGAAGACGUUGUGUUGUUUUAGCUGAUGGAUUCUACGAGUGGCAGCGGUGUCAGGGAACAAACCAGAGGCAACCAUAUUUCAUCUAUUUUCCUCAAAUCAAGACAGAGAAGUUAGGUGGGAAUGAUGCCUCAGACAGCCCCGACAGCAAGGAAAAGGUCUGGGACAAUUGGAGGCUGCUGACCAUGGCAGGGAUCUUUGACUGCUGGGAACCCCCGGAGGGAGAGCGCCUAUAUUCCUACAGCAUCAUCACAGUGGAUUCCUGCAAAGGCUUGAGUGACAUCCACAACAGGAUGCCUGCCAUACUAGAUGGAGAAGAGGCAGUCUCCAAAUGGCUUGACUUUGGUGAGGUCACCACUCAGGAAGCUCUGAAGUUAAUCCAUCCCAUAGACAAUAUCACCUUCCAUCCAGUUUCUCUAGUGGUGAACAACUCCCGAAACAACACUCCUGAAUGUCUGGCCCCUGCUGACUUGGUGACUAAGAAGGAGCCCAAGACAAGUGGCAGCAGUCAAAGAAUGAUGCAGUGGCUGGCUACAAAGUCACCCAAAAAAGAAGCCCCUGGAUCACCCAAAAAGGAUGAGUCAGGUGUACCCCAGUGGUCCAGCCAGUUUCUACAGAAGAGCCCAUUGCCUGCUAAAAGAGGUGCCACCAGCAGCCUCCUGGACCGGUGGCUGAAGCAGGAGAAGGAGGAAGAGCCCAUGGCCAAGCGGCCUCACAGCUAGGCCACACUAAAUUACUGUUAUCACCAGCUGACUGGAAUUGUGUCCAAGUGCUUGGGAAAGUGGUAACACCAUGUCAGUUUGGGGCCUAGGAGGACCAUGGCUGCCAUGACCAGCCCUGUGGGGCCUCUACCCGUCCUGGCUCAGCUGGUAGUCUUGCCUCCUGCUGGGCACUUUACUUCUGCUCUGGUGGUCUUGGAAGGAGGCUCUUCUCUAUCUCUGAGCUCUCUUUGUAUUUUGUUGUAAAUAAAUUAUGUUUGAUAAA